AUGGACAGACCAGUCACUGCUGGCCAGCUUAAAGAAAAAUCCCUGUUCCAGGACAGCGAUGGCAGUGCAGCUCCUGCCAAGACUCUGUGCCAUAACUGUUCAAAGCUAAAGAUAUUUCUAGGAGCUUUGGCAUUUUCCUUUUUUGCCAAAGGAUUGUCUGGAAGCUACAUGAAGAGCAUGUCCAGUCAAAUUGAAAGGAGAUUUGAAAUCUCAUCAUCAAUUGUUGGCAUUAUUGAUGGCAGCUUUGAGAUAGGUAACUUGAUGGUGAUGGUGUUGGUGAGCUACCUUGGACCAAGAGUUCAUAGGCCAAAAAUAAUUGCUGUUGGGUGUCUCAUCAUGUCUGUGGGAGCUUUUUUGUCAGUGAUGCCUCAGUUCCUAAUGGGACGUUACAAUUAUGAAAGGAUAACUGUUAGUGUGGACAACUCCUCCACGAGUGUGUCAGCUUGCUCCCCAGGGUCUGAGGGCCCUCCAGCCACAGAUGCUCCAGAAACACUCAGCACAGUCAUAAACGCUGGAUGUGAGAAAACAACAAAUUCCUAUCUGUGGCUUUUUGUGCUGGUGGGGAAUCUCCUACGUGGAAUUGGGGAAGCACCAAUUAUGCCUCUGGGAGUUUCAUAUAUUGAUGAUUUUUCUAAAGAAGAAAACUCAGCAUUUUACAUAGGCCUGGUGAGAUCCUCAGGCAUGUUUGGGCCAACGCUGGGCUUCCUGCUGGGCUCCUUCUGUGCCAGCCUCUGGGUUGACGUCGGCAUUGUGGACAUUGAUGGCAUCAGCAUAAAUCCUAAGGACAGCCGUUGGGUUGGUGCCUGGUGGCUUGGAUUGCUUAUCUGUGGAGCUGUCAACUUCAUUGCUUCAUUGCCUUUUUGGUUUUUGCCCUAUUCAUUACCAAAAGAAGGAGAGAAUGAAAACUUGAAGAUUAGUCACUUGUCUGUUCAAGGAGAUCCCUGUAAAAUAGAACCCCCAGCUCAGCCACAAUUAAAGUUCUCAGAUGCAGUAAAAGAUUUCUUGCCAGCACUCAGGAAGCUGUUUGGAAAUCCAAUUUUUACGGUGUUCAUCUUCCUCACUAUCCUGCAGUACAACUCCCUUGUUGGGAUAAUAACCUAUGAGACGAAGUUUAUGGAGCAGCAAUUUAAUGUGUCAGUGGCAAAAGCCAUCUUCCUAAUUGGUGUGAUACUUCUACCUGUCACAAUCCUGGGCAUGUUUCUAGGAGGCUUCCUGAUCAAGAAAUUCAAGCUUCACAUAACAGAAAUGGCCAAGUUUGCCUGCAUCACCUUCCUGGUGGCGUAUUUGGUGAACCUCCUGUACUUCACGUGCAGCUGUGAGGUGCUGCAGGUGGCCGGGCUGACAGCGCCCUACUCUGGAACGAAGCACCUUUCCUCCAGCAAGCACAUCUACGUGGCCAGCUGCAAUGCUGAGUGCAGCUGCAAGCUGGACCAGUGGGACCCUGUGUGUGGGGAUAAUGGCAUCACAUACAUGACAGCCUGCUUUGCUGGGUGCAAAUCCUCAUCUGGGACAGGAAAAAAUAUGGUGUUUCACAACUGCAGCUGUGUGGAAGGACAAGGGCUCGGGCUUGGCAAUUCCUCUGCAGUUUUGGGACAGUGCCAAAGAGAAAGCUGUGCCAAAGCCUUUCCCUAUUUUUUAGCAUUACAGACUGCAUGUGCAUUUAUUUUAGCCUUAGGAGGCACUCCUACAUACAUGAUUAUGUUUAGAUCUGUUUCACCAGACCUGAAAUCCUUUGCUGUUGGGAUAGAAGCUUUGGGUGGUAGAGUACUAGGAGGACUCCCCGCCCCUAUUUAUUUUGGUGCCUUGAUAGAUGAGACCUGCUUGAAAUGGGGGACAAAAAGCUGUGGGGGAUCAGGGUCCUGCAGAGUGUAUGACACAAAAGAGUUCAGGAAUGUGUAUCUUGGCCUCAUUGCAGGACUACGGGCAGGAUGCUGUCUCUUGUACAUAGUGCUCUGUGUUUUAAUUAUCAAACGCUUCAAACCAGAUGGCAAAGAGAUGACAGAUAGUAAAAAUGCAGAAAGAUCAACCAGCAAAGAACCAGAAACUGCCAACAAGAGAGAAAUUCUUCCUGGUUCAAGAACCUCAGAGGAGAGCGAGGAAACUUAUAUGUAA